AGGUGCAAGUAGAGGACGACCAGCUGCAACGGCUCCAGUGUCGGACAUUGAGCUCCUACAUCACAGCCGGGCGUUCGGAAGAAGAGGCGGAAGAGGAAGAAGAUUCAGUCCACUGUAUUUACCUUAUAUUUAUUAAACGAUUUGGUAAAUUCUAAAUCAUCAACCAUGAAGUUACUGUGGGCUCUCAGUGCCCUUCUGUUGAGCUGUUGGAGAGCAAAUGCGUCCACAGCCCCAAACAUCAUUGCCGAACCUGCAGAGGUCAGCAACCAGACCUCCGCAGUCCUCAGCUGCAACUUGACAGAGUCCAACCUUCCUAUCAAGGGAUCCCAUUGGACACAUAAUGGCAAAGUCAUUGAAGAGUCCAAGUCUGCUGAUUCCAGUUCAUUCAUGGAAUUCCAUUUGGACAAGAUCACCUACAGUUCAGGUGGAAAGUAUGAAUGUGUGUUCCUGACCGAACCGGAGGUGAAGCAGACAAUUGAAGUCAAAACACUUCCCCAUGUUUAUACCUACAAGCACUCUGAGCAUGGCAAUGAGAAGGACAAAGGUGUGAUGGCCUGUAUGAGCCAUGGCUAUCCACUGCCCACUACCUGGAUGUGGUACAAAGAGGUGGAUGGUGUCAACAUGGCAAUCAGCAACGGCACUGGUGACAAAUUCGAAAUCAAGAGCACCCCUAAUAAGACCACACUGACCGUGAAUGAUCUGAGCAUCCAGAAUGACAUUGGAGAUUACAUAUGCACUGGAACCAACGAAGUUGGCAGUCACAGUGACAGGAUCCACCUGCGCGUGCGCAGUCGCCUGGCUGCUCUGUGGCCCUUUCUUGGCAUUGUGACUGAGGUCAUCAUCCUGGUGACCAUCAUCUUCAUCUAUGAGAAGAGGAGAAAGCCUGAUGAGGUUAAUGACGAUGACGACUCAGGAUCUGCUCCUCUGAAGAGCAAUUCUACUGCAAACCACAAAGACAAGAACGUGAGGCAAAGGAAUUCUAACUAGAAGCUGAAAAGAUGGAAAGAUUUCAGUCCAAGAUUCAGCUGUUGUGUGGCACAUUAUUACUGUGCACCCUGCAAAUUUAAGUACCUUUUUGUGCUUGGGUGUUAAUGUUUUAAGGAACUGACUUGAUUUCCUCUUGUUUUGUUUUCUUCUAUAUUCUUCUCCACAUUGUGCAGCCAGAGAACAUGGUGUGAAAUAAUUUCUGCUUGAGGCCCUGGGGCAAAUAUUGCAUGAGUUUAAAUGCUGUUCUAGCAAAAGUGUGUGUUCGUUGUAAAAUCAUUAGAAUGUUCAUUUGAGGAAUGCAUAGUCCGUGGUUAUUUUCUGUUAAUGCUGAUGCUUCCCACACUAACCUCAUAUUCUCCAAUUUGGAAUGGUGACUUACAAAGCAGCACACAUUCUGUUUAGAGGAUCUGAAGCCUUUUUUUUUGAUCCUGGUAAAUCACUGCCAUUCUUAUAGCAACAACUGGAGUGCGUUUGAAUUCACGUGUUUGAUCUGUCCCUACACCACCACAAACCUCCUUUAGCAGAGUUUUAAACUUUGCCUUAAGCACCAUUUCUUUUUUUUUUGUCUUUUUUGCAGUUUGUCACCUGUUACAAGAUUUAAAUAUGACACUUAAAAUUAAAUGCAGAAAUGACUAAGAUUUAGUGUUUGCUAGGUUUUGUUGCCAUAAGAAAUUACAGUUUUUAGUAGGAAAGCUUUUGCCCUUUAAAUCAUGCUUUGAUUUCAUUUUAAUAUUCACAUAUUUUAAAUUUAAGUUUUUUUUGUUGCCGAUGUCACAUCCACAGUAAAAUUCUACAAAGGACCAAGUGCAAGAGAUGUAACAUCUGUCUUUUCUGAAUGCAACAUAAAUAUUACACAGUGACAGAUAAACAUUUAAUGAGAUGUUUUUUUUCUAUUUCACUUCAUGUGAUCUGAGAAGAAAAACAUUUUCUGUGCGAUUGUAGGGCCGUUGUUUGUACUCCCUUCGCGGUGUAGAUGAUUCAGAAGCCAUAUGUUCAGAGUAGUGUUGUGAUUGGAUGUUACCAUUUCAGAGUUACACAAAUAAAAAAAAAAGACCUAGCCAGAAUUGUGUAAAUUGCUGUACCUUCCAAGUACAUUGAAUACCAUCUGUUGUACAAGUUGCACAAACUGAAUAAAGGUGUUCGAUUUUA